GUGGACAACUGCCUGGGCACUGCGAACGCGAACCAGGCGGACCUGGACGGCGACGGCGCGGGCGACGCGUGCGACAGCGAUGUCGACGGCGACGGCGUGGCGAACGCGGACGACACGUGCCCGGACGGGCCGGUGAACGACUCGGGCGUGGUGCCUGCUGGUCUGGCGAACGCGGGCUGCAAGGACACGGAUGGCGACAACGUGGCCGACGAGGACGCGAACGGCGACCCGGUGGACAACUGUCCGCUGACGGCCAACGCGGGGCAGGCGGACCUGGACGGCGACGGGUGCGGCGACGCGUGCGAGGGCUCGACGGAGGGCGUGUGCACGGGCGUGAACGACCGCGACGGCGACGGCGUGACGGACGACGUGGACGAGUGUCUGACGACGCCGGUGAACGACGUGACGAACGUGGUGACGGCG